AUGGAGGCCGACAGGGGAGGGCUAGCUGCUCGGGUGCCCGAGUGGUUAGCCCAAUGGAUGGCCUGUCCAAUGCCCCAGGAGGAUGACGGAAAGAGGCUUCGGGUGGCUAAGUGCUCGGAUCCGGCCGUUGCAGCACUCCUUUGCGGCUCCUACAAGUACGCUGGAUUUCAGAACCACGGCAAAGUGGUUUACUUGAAGGAGGUGUCAGAGGAAAGUCCCGAGGCUUUCUACCUCUAUUUUUGGUCGGAUGACGUGCCCGACUUUCAGGGUUGGUGGUUCGGGCCCGCCGUGGGCGGCGACAAAGUGGUGGCCUUCCAUCCGGACGCUGAAAGCAGUGAUGCACCACCACAGUCAGGCUGGCGCGUGCCAUUCCAUGGAGAGGUGGAUCCCAACUUCGAAGUGACUGGACAGCAAGAAACUGCCGAGAAAGAUGCACCAGCCACAGCGGUUCCACUCGAGGAGGUUCCUGACGAAGCAGAAAAGGCUGUGACUGCAGAGGAGGUUCCUGACGAAGCAGAAAAGGCUGUGACUGCAGAGGUGAAACAGAGCCACCAAGAGACUCAAGAGACCAACGCUCAAGUCGAUGGCCGGACAACGGUAGAGGCCGGGGCUUCCGCGGAGACCGUCACCGGUGUCACAAAUGACGAAGAGGGCCUGGCUGAGCUAACGCUGCAGCCUGCAGCCCUGGCUGGUCUCCCAGCCCGGUCUCCGCGGCCGCGGUCAACAAGGAGUUUCCUGCGCGGGCGCAUGCUGAAAGCGAUGAAGCGGGUUCCGAAAGAGCUGAUCCAACAGGAGGGCCAAGCACUUCUCGCUGGCAACUCUGGAAGUGCCUUGCUGGAUGCCCUCCGGGGCCUGUUGCAACGCUACACCGCCACGGAACUCUUCCGCUGCACCGCUUCCUCCGCGGAGGGCCCCGCGAGCGCCGCGACCGCGGGCACCGUGGGCAUGGACGACCUGGACGAGCUGCUGCUGCGGUCUGAGGUGACGCUGCCGUUGGAGGCCUUGGUUUCUAUUUGGCAUGCUGCACUGCAUGAGGUGGGUUGCGUUGAUGUCUCCAAAGAAGCGGCCCCCGGCCUUCGCUUGGGCUACAUGCAGUUCACUCGAGCUUUCUCUAAAGGUUCUGCGGAGGAGGUCGGAGGAGGCAGCUCUGUGGCUGCACCGCCUGUGGCAAACUUCUCCUUUAAGGCCAAAGGCCGGCACUACCGGCAGGAUCGGCACCGUCGGCUUCCGCCGCUCUUCUCGUCCUUGUCGGCCUCGUCGGCCUUGUCGGAGAAAUGGGAUCCUCUCCGUGAGAGGUCGCCAGGCUUUCUGAGGACGCUGACACAUUUGGUGAGCGACCUGGAUGAAGGCAGUGUGAGGCUGGGUGCGCAGAGGAUUGCAGGUGUCUUCAAGGAGAGACAUCGACGCCGCCGACGCAAUCUUGCAGCAGAUUCGCCGAAGGCCAGGAUGGCCGACGAUUUCGACCUUGCAGAGAUCAUCCGGGAGUGGCAUGGCAUCAAGAGUUCCCUUGGACCUCGAUGUGUUGUCGUUGAAUAUCCCUUGACGCAAGAUUGGCAGAACGAUGUGCAAGUGGAGGAGGUACUUCAGACGAGGCGUGUUCAUCAGCUGAUCGAUGGCGUGCCCAGCUGCAGCUUUCAGGAGUUUACAGACCUGGUGGUGGUGGCGGUUUGUGAAGAUGGACCGGCACAGCGCCGCGGCAUCAAAGACGGAGACCGCUUGGUGAGCAUAGGUGUUCGUUCCGAGUCCUGGAACGAGAUGGGCGGAUGCUGGCAUGAGCCUCCUCAGCGGCUGCAGACUUUGGCCUUUGAGGUGAACGACGCGUCGCCGUCAAGGCCGCCAACGCGUGGCGGCCUGUUAGCACAACUGCUUAUGGCAGCCGGUGGACCUGGAGCGGGCAAGGAGGAUUUUUCUACCUUUGUUGCGUUGCUCCGGGGCGUGGGAGUCAUGGACACCCGGGUGGAGCGAAUGGCUUGGGAGGCGGUCCAAAGCUUCCAAUGCCGCAUGCGGCAGCGGUGCACGCGACAAGAGGUGCUGUUGGCACUGGAGAUCUCUGGCGCAGCGCCAUCGGAAGAUGCUGCAGAGUGUUUGGUGGAUGCAUUGCUGGAAACCGAAGCGGAGCAGGGGCCAAUGAGAAGGAUUCGCAAACCUCAGUGGACACAAGCUCCAUCUCCGAGCGGUGCCGCUUCCCUAGGCGCUUUGCCCGAUCACAUGCGAUCUGGCUGUCCAAUUUGCGAGGUGUGCGGUGGCCGUGGCCACAGCAAAAGCGCGCCACAUUUGGUGUCCAAGCGUAGUGAAACCUGGUGCCAGCGGCCCUUGCCCAAGUUCUGGGGUGGAGUUUGUGGAGGUGAAGGACACGAGCCCUGGCAGUGUCCGGGGCUUCAUCAGGACCCACUGGGCGUGCCUCGCUGUUGGAAGUGCCUGGGCCGUUUGCCCAGCCUUUCACACGAAGGAGAGCAUCCGGAGGUGAACCCCUUCUUGGCGCAACACUUGCCCUGCGAGAUCUGUAGCGGCCUGGGACACACUUGGAGAUGCUGUCCACAUAUGGAUGGUGUCGACACAGUAGAUAUCCGUCAGUUCGAGUGCCUGCGUGGCGCCUUCAACGCAGAAAGCCUGUAUCGAAGACUUUCAGGUAAAAGGUUAUAUUUGAUAUAUAUAGCUAUAUACGCAUCAAGCAGUGCAGUUUCAGAAGAUAAGGGCCGAAUGCCAAAAGGAAGAAUGUGCCUAGAGAACGUCUGA